AUGGAAAUUAUCCAAUUUGGUGGAAGUCUGAGCAGGCGGUGGAGGAGAAGAGGAUACAACAAAUUGUCGCCGACGAAUCGAAGGAGCGUGAAAGUUGUAAGGUUCGGCGCCGCCAAUUCAAACCGGUCGUGGAGGAUGAAGCUAGCGCCGAAACUCCGUCUAAUCCGGUUAGCCUCGCCGUUAAAACUGUGGAACAGAUUGAAGAACGCAUACAUGAACAUGAUGAUCGGAUUCGCCAGCAAUUCCGGAUCCGCUAACGGCGUCAGCGUCUUCGGCGCGAAGAGGAUCCCCAAAUCUCGGGAUGCUCCGAUGGCGUACUCGAGGACGGAGUUCGAGAACCGGCUGGUUUUCGAGAUCUACAAAUCCAUGGUCGCUUCUUUUGAAUUGGGUUACAGCAAACAGCUGUAA